GCCCCGCUAUUUCCCCUCCAGCCGCCGCUAAACAACCAGCGCAGGGGGAGCGAUACAGUCUACGAUUGGCUGAGACCAUAUACCAUCAACGGGGCCCUGAAGGGAUAGACUUUAGCGCAGUCAGGUUUUCUCUUUAGUGAGAGCUUAUGGCGGGCGAUGCCCAGAAGGACAAAACAUUCAGCAUCCCCAUUCAAUACCCGACAAUCUCCAUCCACGUUCGCAUCUGCAUCAAUCACAAUCCACCAGCACAGCACACCACAGCUGCCUCGCAUAGCGGUCGCCACAAUGCAUCAUGGCCAACGAUGAGCGAGAAAACAGCCAGAGCCCAAAGGCUCAGGCUCCCAGCCCAAGCCCGAGUCCAAGCGGCACCAGGGACGGGUCGCGUCCACAGACGGCCCAUCGCGUCUCACACACCGGCAGCGAUGAUCUCGAGGCCACUGAGACAUCAGAGAUGACUGACGAUACAGCCGCCGACACGUCGCAGGCCCAGCCAACAAACCCAACCACAGCGACAUCUCCACACGACAUUGCGAUAACCGUUGAUGAUACGCACGCAAAAUCUCAGACCCGGAUAAUUCCCCAGAGCACCAGCAAUCCCCCCACAAGCCACGAAGACUCGAUGCUGCAUUUGCCUGGCCACUCUGCCCCUGAAACUAGCUACUUCGACCCUAUUUCCGUCGAUGUCACACGAGGACAUGACGACUCCUUGACUGAGGAGGACGUUAGACGCCACCUGAGAGACGUGGAGUCUAGCUUCUUGCCCGCCUUGUCACCCAUUCCAACAGCAUCCACGAACCAGGAGGGCGGCGUCGACGACACGUACCAAUUCGACUCCCCGACAAAAAAGCCUGCGCCUGCUCCCCAACCUUUACAGCGACAUCAGGAAGAAGAGGAGGAUCACGAUGUAACUGUCGCGAGCACGAAUACUUCCGGCUUUGAGAACUUUUCAUCACCGACUGCUGCUGCAACACGAAGAACUAUUUCGCGCGCCGUUAGCAUGGCGAGUCAGCCUGACAAUCGCAACACAAGCUACGACGAGAGCGAAAAGGACGACACGGAACAAGAGAGCUCACAGGUAUCCAGCGCUGGUGAUAACGAGGCCCCUUUAUCGAGAACACAUUCCUUGUCCGAAAAAGUCGAUGCGGGCAGCACCCCUGGUCAAUCGCUUCGAAGCCGACGACCAAAAUAUCUGCGCAGUCGUUUUGGAAGCCAGCGAUCGUCGACAUCCUCAUUUGCUACGAACCCCGAGUCUCACGAAGGCAGUGACAUGACCGUUGGUCUUGGUACCGAUUACGCUUUACAAUCUGGCGGUGCAGUCCCCGCCAUUGGAUUGCUACGAAAUCCCAGCAAUCCGAUGCUACGAUCCAUCAGCAUAGGGAGCAUGGGCAGUGUUGGAUCGGCAUUCGGCGCUGAGGAUUACACAGAUACUUCUUUACCGCAACUCGAACCGCUGCACGAAGUCGAUAGUCCAGAACGACAGCGACAGGAUUUGCUAGAGACACCGAAGCCCUCUAAGGAAGGGUUCACCACAGCGCCUACUGAUACGGUCAUCGCGCGGCAUGUUAGAAACGUCCAGGUACCCGAGUCUCUGCCCAAGGAGUACAAGUACAAGGGUGGACUUGAAACACCCCGGAAACAUUCCUCAAUCACCAUGGGUUCCGUCAACACCGCCCGAUCGGGCAAGAACUUGACGCUCAAAGAACAGAGCAGCACAAUUGAGAGGCUGUCAAAGGAGAACUUCGAUCUCAAGCUCAAAGUUAUGUUCUUGAGCGAUCGUCUUGACAAGCUGUCGGAAGAGGGUAUCAAGGAAAUGAUCUCGGAGAAUGUCGACCUUAAGACUGGUCUUGCGGUACUCCAACGUGACAACAAGGUUUUGCGGAGGCGGGUCAAAGAAUUGGAGAAGCAAGUCCGAGAUGAGGGAGAGCGUCCAAGCACAGCGCACAGUGGUGCAUCAUCGACAGACCAAACGGCCCGAAUGGGAGAUGAAGAGCGAGAGGAAGAGCUCAUCUUUUUGCGGGAGCGGGUUGAGGAGUAUGCCACUGAGAUUGAGCGCCUACGGUCCGAAAGUUUAACCAAGGAGAAUGAGCGACGAAAGUUUGCGGAUAUCGUCAGAUCUCUUGGCGAGCGAAAUAGCGGAAAUAUGGAGCGAGAAGAAGAGGCCGAUGUGUGGAAGGACCUUCUGGAGCAAGAGACUGCGCGCAGAGAACAAGCCGAUGACGAGAAUAAGAGACUACGGGAGGAGGUGUUCAAGCUAAAGCAAGACAUGUCUAGCCUGACUAGCGGGGGAGGCUUGCACCACACGACAAACAUUUACAACAUCACAAAGAAACAUCGCGACGGCAAUGUAUCGCCAGGUCGACCUGUCUCUGGCCUCUCAGGCGAUAUGGAGGGUUCAAAUGGCAAUUUCAGUGCAGCGACCACACUCGUUGAUGAACUACGUCGCGAGAGUGAGCAGCUGCGUCAUGAGAAUGCCGAAUUAAGACGCGAGGUUGGUGCGCAGACAUCCAUGCUGACUUCGAGGAACCGCGAAAAGGAGCGCCUCUACCAGGAGAUUGAGGAUCUCAAGAUGGCUCAGCGACGAGGUCGGCCUGCCCCAUCAACAAUUGACAGUCUUCUCGAGCGAUCGGCUUCACAGGUUGGUGGUAUGGAGAGGCCACAAUCGCGGGGUAGCAUGAAGACACGGACGCAGAUUGAGGAGGAAGCCGACCGUGAAGAACUCGAGAACAAGAUGAACGAGAUGCGCGACAAACUCAGCGAGGUCAAGCUGCAGAAUCAAGAGUUGCAGCGCGAGCUUGAGAUUUGCAUGGAGGACUUUGAGGCUGCUAUCGGCGACAAGCGACAGGCUGAAGAAGCAGCGAUGACUCUGCAGGAGGACCUCAACAAUGCGAUGAAUGAUCUUGUUGCUCUGCAAUCCGAACGUGACGAAGCUCUUCGUGAGCAGAACGAGAUGGAGAGUGAAUUUGAAGCGCUACGGAAGGAGGCUCAAGAGGAGAUUGACGCGUUGGAAUCUGAGGCCGAUCAGCAAGCCGAGGAGAUGCAACGAGUACAAGCAGAUCUACAGGACCGCUCAGAAAACUUUGACGCUUUGCAGGAAGAGAUGCGCAAGAUGAGCGAAGCCUUGAUACGACUUGAAGACGACCAGGAGAACAAAUUGCGACGCAUCCAACAGCUCGAGCAGGAACUGGACUCGUCGAACAAGGAACUUGAAGAGCUAGAGCAGAAGCUCAUGGAGGCGAAUGACAAGAACCAGCGACUUUCUGUACAGCAAGAGUCGUCACAAGGAGAGAUUGCAUUCCUAAGAGAAGAGCAAGAGACCGACAAGAUACGCAUCGGCGAUCUCGAAGCUGCGAUGGCCAAUGCCGAACAAAGCAUCCGCGAAGAAAAGGAACGAGUCAAGGAACUGGAGAACCGUCUCCAACAAGAGAGACACCAGCGAGAAAUUGUGGCGGACCAGGAGAAGGAGGAGGUUCAGCAGUUUGUCAACGAGCUCAACCGGGAAGCGUCAGCGGCCAAGGAUGAGGCUCGUCGUCUGCGUAAGAACUUGACGUCGAGGGAGGUUGAGGCGACGGAGUGGAAGGAGAGGUUGAUGGAGCUUGAGAAUAAUCUUCGUGAAGCUCUCGGUGACCUCAACGGUACCCGCUCUUCGCUCCUCAAGUCUAUCGCCAAGUUACAGCGGGAGCUUGAGAAUACGAUCCGCGAUCUGGAUGCCAGCAAGGCGGCGCUGGUGGAGAAGGAUCGUAUCAUCAAAAUGCGCGAUUCACUACUUGAGUCUCAUGCGCUUGAGAGUCGCAAACUUGCAGAGUUACUCGACAAGGAGCGCAUUGCCCACCGCAACACAAAAUCGCAGUACGACACGUUCCAGAAGUCUCAUCAGCACCUUACCCGUACUGCAAGCAGUCAGGAUGUUCGCAUCGCUGAGCUCGAGACGAACAAGAGUCAGGAUCGCAGGAGGAUCGCACAGCUUGAGCAGUCGAUGCGCGAUCAGCUACAAGAGCGCAAUGAACUACUCCUCCAGCUUUGGCACAAGCUCAGUAAAUUGUGCGGAAGGGAAUGGGUCCACGGCAACUCCCUCAUCGACCGCCAAGUCCUCCCCUCAAUCGAAGUCAUCGCCAACCGCCUCCCCAGCUUCACCAAGAACCUCAUGGCCGCCGUCAAAGCCAUCGAGAACAUGAUUGGCUCCUUCGAGGUGCGCAUCAAAUCCGUCGAGCGCGACCUCCACAGGGAGUAUCAGACCCUUGAGUCCAACCUCGAAGUGCGCACCAAGAAACUGGACCGUCUCGAAACCAUGGUUAGAAACUCGGUCGCUUCAGGAUCUCUAAGCCACGACGCACGGUACUCCCGCCUCGAAGAAGCAUACCGCCAGCUCAAAGUCGAAAACGCCACGCUCCGGACCGCAAACGACGUACGCGCGAGGGCUUCAUACUCUAGCACCGAAUUAGUUCCUCACUCACCUUCACCAUCCGUCCCCCGCGGCCCUAACGACCAACGCACAAGCCGUUCUAAAUCCCGCUCAACCAUUACGCGCGCACACACCACCACCGCACUACCAGGUUCUUCAGCAGGUGGUCUAGGACUCCGCGACAUGGCUGCGCUAAGCGAGGAGAACAACGGCGCAGCGAACGAUAACAGGUGGUUGUUUAGACUGCGGGACAUGGAGUAUAAGCUCAAGAUGGAGCGGGAGGGACGGAACCAGGAUAGACAUGCUGCGAGGCAGAGGCUGGGGGGGUUGGAGAUGGAGAAUAGGGACUUGAAGGAGAGGAUGAAGAGGGCGCUGGGGGACCUGGAUUAAAAAAGCGUGGGAUGGGUAUGUUGAUUAUUAGCAUAGAUGGGAGCUAGGUGUUGAUUACAUGUGUAUAACUGGACUGCAUAGCUUAAGUACAGGUAUUCUUUUUUGUUGGUGUUGGGGAAUAUAUUUGGGUAUUAUGAUCAUUGGUGGAUGGUGAUGGUGAUUUUAGUUACCGGUUGAGUGAGGUGUGCUGUAGUGGGGCAUCAGUAAUGUGAGUUAUUGGGGGACACUUGUGAGGAGAGAAACGAAGGACCUUCUAUGUAAGUAAUGAAGACUUAGGUAAACUAAGGUAAGUAUAUCUUGUCAAGACUUGGGACCACCUUAUUUGUAACCUGAUUUAAUGUCAAAAGUCUUCUCAA